ACGGCGCUUUCGAGGAGCGAUGCUGAAGCGGCGGCGCGACGACUCUUCUGUGCGCACGGCUGCAGCUCCACGUCUGAAGGGGGAAGCUGCUGCGAUGCGCUCCGGCGGGGACAAGUUGGAAUAAAGGGGGAGAAACGGCUCCGGUCCGACGGGGGAGAGAGGGAGGUUUUCCCCGCUGACAAGCAUGACUGACUGGUGACAAAGGAACCGGGGAGCCCCCCUUUGCAUGGCUGCGCCUGGCACCCGCUAGAACUUGGUGUGUUUUUUGUAUUUGGAGAGGCUGGUUUUCCCGUGCGCAGCCAAAUAUUUUCCAUCCAUCCCUGUGUUUUUCUUCUGGAGCAGCACCAUGCCGGUCCGGAGGGGUCAUGUUGCCCCUCAAAACACCUUCCUGGGAGUAAUUAUUCGUAAAUUCGAGGGACAAAAUAAGAAAUUCAUCAUAGCCAAUGCCCGGGUGCAGAACUGCGCCAUCAUCUACUGUAAUGACGGCUUCUGCGAGAUGACGGGCUUCUCCCGGCCGGACGUUAUGCAGAAGCCGUGCACGUGUGACUUCCUGCACGGCCAGUUGACCAGCCGGCACUCUGUGGCCCAAGUGGCCCAGGCGCUGCUGGGCUCAGAGGAGCGCAAGGUGGAGAUCACCUACCACCGAAAGGAUGAUUCAAACUUCCUCUGCGCCACCCACAUCAUCCCGGUGAAGAACGAGGAGGGCCUGGUCAUGAUGUUCAUCCUCAACUUCGAUUACAUCCUGGAGGAGGGCAGCAGCGACUCGCUGGAGAAACUCAACCACACCUCGCCGUCCAAAGCUGAGCAACGGAAAGGGAGAUUCUUUCGCUUCCGUUUCCCGGCCUUACAGCUCCUGGGCAUCAGCAAGCAGUCCCUGCCCCAGGAAGACCCAGACGCCGUCAUGGUGGACUCCCCUCGCCACAGCGAUGGCUCAGUGGCGACGCACGACUACCAGCUCCCCACCACCCGCGAGAGCUGCAGCCCCUCCUACGCUAAUGACACCCGGGCCCUCAUCGCCCCCAGCCACUGCUCCACCCCUGUGUCCGGGCCUUUGGACCACUCGUCGCCCAAAGGCCCCUGGGACAGGAUGUACCAGGACCGAGCCAUCACCCAGAACCAACACCAGAACCAGGAGGACACGUUUAACGCUGUCCCGUCAAUCCCAGGCAACACGCCAACCGCCUCCAGGGAAAGCGUGUGCAGUAUUCGCAGAGCCUCGUCCGUGCAUGACAUGGACGGCUUUGGGGCCAACUCCAAGAUGGCGUUCAGAGACAGACAUGCCAGUGAAGACAACGGUCGCAACCUCAAAGUAUCUCGCUCCUGGAUGGCUGUCGGCCCGCUGAGCCAGAUCAAAUCCAGCCUGCUCGGCUCCACCUCCGAGUCCAACAUCAAUAAGUACAGCACCAUCAACAAGAUCCCACUCAUCACGCUCAACUUCUCCGAGGCUAACAACGAGAAGAAGUGCCCCUCGCCUCCGUCCUCCGAGAAAACCAUCAUCGCCCCGAAAGUCAAGGACCGCACGCACAACGUCACAGACAAGGUCACGCAGGUUCUGUCUCUGGGGGCAGAUGUUCUCCCCGAGUACAAGCUCCAGACGACGCGCAUCGACAGGUGGACCAUCCUCCACUACAGCCCCUUCAAAGCCGUGUGGGACUGGCUCAUCCUGCUGCUGGUCAUCUACACGGCCAUUUUCACGCCCUACUCCGCCGCCUUCCUCCUCAACGACAUCGAGGAGCAGAGGAGGCGGGAGUGCGGCUACUCCUGCUCGCCGCUGAACGUGGUGGACCUGAUUGUGGACAUCAUGUUCAUCGUGGACAUCCUCAUCAACUUCAGGACCACUUACGUCAACAUCAACGAGGAGGUGGUGAGCCACCCGGCCAAGAUCGCCAUCCACUACUUUAAAGGCUGGUUCCUCAUAGACAUGGUGGCCGCCAUCCCCUUUGACCUGCUCAUCUUCGGCUCAGGGUCAGAUGAGACCACCACUCUGAUUGGUCUGCUGAAGACGGCCCGUCUCUUGCGGCUGGUGCGCGUCGCCCGCAAGUUGGACCGCUACUCUGAGUACGGCGCCGCUGUCCUCAUGCUGCUCAUGUGCAUCUUCGCCCUCAUCGCCCACUGGCUGGCCUGCAUCUGGUACGCCAUCGGCAACGUGGAGAAGCCGUACCUCGAGCACAAGAUCGGAUGGCUGGACAACCUGGGGGUGUCCAUAGGAAAAAAGUACAACUACAGUGACCCCAGCUCAGGCCCCUCCAUCAAAGAUAAGUACGUCACGGCGCUCUAUUUCACCUUCAGCAGUCUGACCAGUGUGGGCUUUGGGAACGUCUCCCCCAACACCAACUCUGAGAAAAUCUUCUCCAUCUGCGUCAUGCUCAUUGGAUCUCUAAUGUACGCCAGCAUCUUUGGGAACGUGUCCGCCAUCAUACAGCGGUUGUACUCGGGCACAGCCAGGUAUCACCUCCAGAUGCUCCGGGUCAAAGAGUUCAUCCGCUUCCACCAGAUCCCCAACCCGCUGCGGCAGCGGCUGGAGGAGUACUUCCAACACGCCUGGACGUACACCAACGGCAUCGACAUGAAUAUGGGUUUCCCUGAGUGCCUGCAGGCGGAUAUCUGCCUCCACCUCAACACAAACCUCCUCCAGGGCUGUAAGGCGUUCCGCGGGGCCACCAAGGGCUGCCUCCGGGCGCUGGCCAUGCGGUUCAAGACCACCCACGCGCCCCCCGGAGACACCUUGGUCCACAGCGGAGACGUGCUCACCGCGCUUUACUUUGUCUCGCGCGGCUCCAUCGAAAUCCUCAAAGACGACGUGGUGGUGGCCAUCCUGGGUAAGAACGACAUCUUCGGCGAGAUGAUCCACCUGUUCGCCAAGCCGGGGAAAUCCUGCGCCGACGUGCGGGCGCUGAGCUACUGCGACCUCCACACCAUCCAGAGGGAGGAGAUCCUCGAGGUGCUGGACAUGUACCCGGAGUUCGCCGACCACUUCCUCACAAACCUGGAGCUGACCUUUGACCUCCGGGACGAAACCACCAAGACAUCCCACCCACAAGCAGCUGAGUCCAACAUGGAUGAAAUGAAGUGUGGAAGACAAGCGUCCUACAAAAGGAAGUCGUCCACAGGCUCCCACAGCAAGGAGCCGGUGGCCACCUACUGCGACGCCAAGCAGGGGAAGCAGAUCUACGCCUCCUCAGCAGCCGAGGAGAAGAGGGAGUCUGCCGAAGAGGCUGAGGAGCAGGAGGAGGAGGAGGAGGAGGAAGAGGAAGGCAGAGAGGAGGAAGAGGAGCAGAGGCCGUUGUGUUCUGGUGUGCUGGGCUACCCUGUAGUCAGGGACCACUCCCUGGGCUUCGGGCUGAGCAACGCUCCGGAUGCACCGGCUGGAGACAACACACAGGACCAGGGCUAUAAAGAUGCAGAUGAGUGGGUGCGUCAGCGUCCCAGAGAGAACGCAGAGGAGCCCGCCCAGUGUCAGGAGACGCCGGCUGCGGAGGAUGACAGUGACACAGACCUCACCUACGGAGAGGUGGAGCAACGGCUGGACCAGCUGCAGCAGCAUCUCAACAGACUGGAGUCCCAGAUGACUGCAGACAUCCAGGCCAUCCUGCAGCUCCUCCAGAGGCAAACCACGGCCGGGCCGCCAGCCUACAGCACCGUCACCUCCAGCCCAGAGUACCAGAGACCAGCUGUCAGGGUCCAGCCGCUGUGUGCCAUCCAGACAGAGCUGAGCCUCGGACCUGCUCCGCCUCUGCCACAGAGCCCCGGCCGAGAGGUAACCCAGAACAAAUCCAAAGAAUCCUCCCCGGUCCUCCUGCACACAGAGACUCUUCCAGAUGAGAACUUUGGUGGCCUGCUCGACAGCGACAUAGACUCGGAGCAGAAACACAAGAAAAAUGACGUGCGCUCUCUAGAGCAAUGCCACCAACACCAUCAAGAGCCACCGCGGUUCCCGGCAGGCCGACAAGCCUCUUUACCCGACGUCCCAAGCAGCUCAGGAAUGUUGGGACUCCACAGGCCAGUCUCUGACCCGGGGCUUCCAGGAAAGUAGGCCUCGGCCCCCGACCUCUCGACACUGACGGAAGGUCUUCUCUCAAGCUCGACUCAGGGUCUAAGAAAGAGACUGAAUAUGCAAAGGAAAACAAACUGUUGACUUUCUUCCAUUCCUUUUCGGAAACACUCCCAGGCCUAAUGCUCCUUCCUAUUCUCUGAUUUAGAUGUAUAAAGUCCAUUUAUACAGAGGUAUUUAUACACUAUAUUAUUAACAUUAUGUAAAGUCAUCAUCUGCUGUGUACAUACUUCCAAUAGAACACUGCCAGCAACACAAGGCACCUAAUGUGCUUUUUAUAUGCAUGUUUCAGUUCCUCAUGUUUUCUUUUCUGUUGCAUGUUCCUCACACACGCUGCGACCCACCGGGCGAUCAGGUGUGUCCCUGGCAUGCUCACACACCACUGUAGCUCUCAAGUCUCAUUUUCUACGACUCUUCCCUCUUCACGGGGGACAAAAGCUACUUGAAACUCCUCCUGAGGUGAUUCUAUACUCCAGCUUCAAGGUUCAUCUUGUUUUCUCAGCAGCUCCAAACAAUUGACACGGUUACAAACUCACAAAGAGAUCAGUGUGCAUAUCUAGCGUGCCUACCGUACACCACAUUGCCACAACACAUGGAAUUCACUCCUUGGUUUUCAGCGGACAACUCACGAACACAGUGUAAUAAUAAUAACAAAUGUGCGUAGAGGCUGCGUGGACAGGGCACAGCACAAAAAGACUUUUGUCUCCCCUUUGAGAGCAAUAAUGAAGAACCAGUUCAGGAAAACACACCGAACUCGGGUGUGUUUCUAGAGUUUAAUACACUUUCGAACUCGUUUUUCUACGACCUGAUCCAAGAAAAAGAGCAGCUCUUUGUGUUUGAUUUAAUUUAUAUCGAAUAUCAAACUACGCGUGUGUGUGUGUGUGUGAAUUCAGCGAGCGGAGGUUCACUGUAAAUGUUCAAGACACAAAAUGAAUGCUUGAAGUUCAACACACAAAUUACCACAGAGCUGCCUGUGUCAUAUCAAUGUAAGCAUGUUGCAGUAAAUCGUUUUAUGGGCACUAAUGUCGAGGCAGUUUGGAGAUCGAAAUGAAGAAAACUAACUUUCUCCUGUAUCUUCUGAAUUUUAGGAACUGAUCUGAACUUAGGAUUUGGUUAUUUUGUUUCCUUCUUCACCUAAUGUUAAAAUGAAUAAAACAACCGUUAAAAUAAAGGACACUUCAAAGUAAAAAACAUAUAGAUGAGACACUAGCACCUGCAGAGUAAUAAUCAGUAGCAACACUCAAAUUCAACCACACUCCUAUAACAUUUUACACAUUUCUCUGCCACCAAUAUUUCUAAUAAAGUCAAAUCAUUAUCAUCCCCAACCUGCCUCGACAUGAACGUCCUUAUAUGUAUGUAAAAUAUUUAAACUGCUGGAGCGAAACUCUGACCGUCCUCCACGACACUUUUUGGUUGCAUGCUUUAGGUCUUCCAUUAUCUUCUUGAACAAGUACAAUUUCCUAAAUAAAGCAUCAUCAGCACAGAGCAUCAUCUGAAUGAACACACAAGUUCAGCCUUCAAUAGCCUUAGCUUUAUUAGCCUUUAACCACAUCAACCCAACGCAGCAGAAACCUGCUCCUCCACCUUCACAGAUGUAAAUGUAUCCAACCAUGAACUGCAUGAGUUAAACCAAUUAGUCAUUUUAGUUUUUUAACAAAUUCCAACAAGUGCUCAUGUACUGCAUGGAGACUGCGCUUGACUAUGUUUUCAAAGGGUCUCAAUCAGCUGUGUGUGUUAAUGUGUCUGGUUCAGCCCAUAACUGCACACACAGAUUUCCAGAUAGUUUAAGACCUAUUUUUCUAAAAACAAAGUCUUUAAUUUGCCAUUAUUUUUCUAUGUAACUGAUUUGCUCUUUUAAAAAAACCCUGAUGUGAGUUCAAGUGCUGAUGGGAAGACGAUGAAUGCAAUGCACAGCCUCUCGAUGUAGCAAGCCAGACUUCAGCGACGGGCAGCACGGAAAGCUGGGCGCCGCGUCAAGUGCACGCCGUUUUGAGUUAGUUCGACUUGACGACGGAUGUUGCACAUUGAUUUUAGUAUCAUUUCUGUAGUUUCCACAUCAACUUCUCCCUCUGAGUUUAUUCAGCAUUUUGAAACAGGGGCACGUUGAAACCCCCGGCACCGGAACAAGUCUGGGCUUCAUUUUGUCGCCCUGCUGCAAAACCUGCGCCUUCCUGAACCCUAGUGGAAACAUGUAGGUCUGUCAGAUGGGAGAGAAACAAAGAAAUGCUAUGAGACGCUAAUGGAGGGAACUGAGAGAAAGCUUUACUUUCACAGGACAACACAAAUGUCUGCAGCAGAACGCGGGGUCCUUUCUUUUUCUUUCUCGAGCACACAUGUAGAACAAAAGUUGCUAAAGCCUAAGUCAACACGUCCGGCACCUGAAGACUCUUCUUCUGAACUUUCAUGGGAUUUGCAAACUUUUGCACAGAGAUUAGAAAAAAAUUGUAAAUGCUGUACUGGGUAUAAAGGUCACUUUUUAAAUCUAGUGCUGUUCACAAUUGUUUUUAUGCAUUUUUUUAAAUGUUUGCCACUGUAUUUUAUACAAUGCAACACUUAACAGCUAAUUUGAAUGUUUUCGUUCUGAACUAUAUUUAAAGAAUUUAAUUAUAUUGUGUAAAUAUACUGAGGGGAUAAAAUGCGCAAUUGUAUAAAUGAAUAAACAGAAUGCAUACUGAUUAAAAAGUGUUUAUUAUGAAUAACAAAAUAUGAUAUUUCCUACAACACUGGGUGUUUGAGGAGAUUUGACUUCACUGCAAAAAACUGGCUGUGUUUAUGAAACAAGGAAACAAAAAGUAAGUAUAUGAACAUACAGUGUGAAGUGUUGCUAUGUGACGAUGGGGUUUUUCACAUCUUUAUUCAAGAGCUUGGUCUUUCAGCGUCUGAAUUCAGAUUUCUCCUCUGCUCUUGUGGGUCGUUUUUCUCUGCUCUUGGAUUUUUGGAAUUUAAUUCGUCAACUCGACAGCAUUCUAUUGGUUGGGGAAAUUUAAGAGAUUUGUUGCACAAUAAAAUUGGAGAGCAGAG